CCCAAUCCUUGGUUUUCAGUACCGGCAAUGUCCUUCAUGUUAUUAAAUCACCCUGGGCUUGACUGGAUGUAUAAAACUGUUCCGCAGAAAUGGAGUGGUGGUGCCUUGAUUGAUCGAGUAAGUGGCUGGUCAGCAGGAAAAGCUUUAGGUGGAACCAGCAAUACCAAUUUUCUGAUCCACCUUCGGGGUCAUCCAAAGGACUUUGAUUUUAUUGCAAACCUCACUGGAGAUCAAGAGUGGAGUUACGAUGGAGUUUUACCACAUUUUAAAAGUGUGGAGGAUUAUAAUGGAGAGUGGAAAACUGAUGAGUUUCAUGGAACCGGUGGAGAAAUUCCGCUCCAAGUACCGCCGUUUGUUGGGAUGGCCGAAUACUUUAUCAAAGCUGGCGAAGAACUGGGUUAUUCCAAUGUCGAUCUCAACGCCAGAUUCAGUGAAGGAUUUUCAUACGUUUAUUAUCCCACAAAAGACGGCAGACGCUACAGCACUUACAAGUCGUUUCUGGAGCCUAUACGAAAUCGUAAUUCCCUGACAAUCUACAAAUUCUCUCUCGUUUCUAAAGUUUUGUUAAAUAAAAAAAAUCAGGCUGUGGGGGUGGAGUAUGUUCGACAUGGAGUGACAAAAACUGCUCGAGCCACGAAGGAAGUCAUUUUGUGCGCAGGAUCAAUUGGCACACCCAAAAUACUGCUCAGAUCUGGUAUAGGUCCAAAAAGUGAACUCGAGGACCUUCAUGUAUUAAAUUGCCAAUAGCAUAAUUAUAGUUUAUUUAAUCCUG